UGUUCAGUGAUGCAGUUGUUUGAUUAGGACGAUCACAAAUAUUUCGUCAUUAUUCAUUUUUUCAUGUUUUCCAUAUGUAUAACUGUCAGUAUAAAAUUGAUACUUUUAGGUACAUGCUUCGAGAGCAAAUGCUAAAUUCUGGACAUCUUUCUGAACUAACAAUUCAUGUGGUAGAACGCCAAGAUAAUGGACUGUACACGUGUGUAGCUUCAAAUGCCUUUGGACAAGAUGAAAAGAAUAAUCAGUUAACUGUGCAAGAACGUCCAGAUCCACCGGCCAAUUUGGAAGCUAUACAUACUAGCGGGAGAAAAGUUGUUCUACGGUGGAGCAAACCUUUUACUGGAAACAGCCCAAUUGUGAAAUAUGUUUUAGAAUAUGUUGACGGAAAAGAUGGAUGGAACGGACGUAUUAAGGAAUUGUUCGCUGAUGGUGACCAGCUUCAGAUCAGCGUGGAAGAUCUUCAACCUGUCACCCAGUACAGCUUUAGAUUGGUCGCCGAGAAUUCAGUAGGGCGUAGUCUUCCCAGCAUUCCUCUGAAUGUCAUCACAGAAAGCGAAGUUCCAGGUGCGCCUCCGAGAAACAUUCAUGUUGUUGCCACCGACUCCAAAACAAUACAUGUGUCCUGGGAGCCUCCAAUGAAAAACCUGCAUCAUGGUACCAUUCGGGGCUAUUACAUUGGUUACAAGACUUCUGGUACCAGUGACCCUUUUAUCUACAAGACAGUGGAAGUAAAAGAAGGCCAAGACAGGAGCUGUGACAUCACGCAACUGCGCCCAGCCACUAAGUAUAGCAUAGUAGUGCAAGCCUUCAACGACAAAGGAGCAGGACCCUUAUCGGACGAAGUGACAGUCCGCACGCUUGAGUUCGAUCCUCCAAAACCACCUUUUUUGAAAGUAUCCAGCACAACUACUUCCACAAUUCAAGUUGAAUGGGAAAUUGAAGACGGGAAGGAUACUCCGGUUUCAGGGUAUGUCCUUCAUUGGAGGGAGCACGGGUUAGAAUGGACUGAAGUUCAGCUUCCUGCUGAAAAAUCUAAUCAUAAAUUCACAGGCCUCAAUUGUGGAGCUCUGUAUCAGUUCUAUAUUACAGCAUUUAACAGUAUGGGAAAAGGACAACCUAGUGAUGUUAUUUCAGCUAAAACAGAAGGUUCUGUUCCCAUUGCAGCCAGCGAGCAUGCGUUUAUAACCCGCAACGCAACAACAUUCAUCCUCCGGUUAAGUGCGUGGAAGAAUGGUGGCUGCCCUAUCAUGUUCUUUGCUAUCCAGUACAAACAACAGAGACAAUCUGAAUGGCAUGUUUUAUCUUCUCGCAUUGAGGCAGAUGAAGAGUACGCAAAAAUUACUGAUUUAAUUCCAAGCACAUGGUAUAAUAUACUCGUCACUGCUCACAACAGUGUAGGUCCAACAGAAGUGGAGUACGUUACAUCUACAUUAACACUGAUGGGUGGUACAAUUGAACCGGAAAUAGUGGGAGAAAAGGAACAAUUAAGAAAAUAUAAAAACCUAUCGAUUAUUGUUCCUGUAAGCUGUGCAGUUAUCGUCCUAAUUGCUGUGUCUGUAGCAGUCUUCUUCCUUGUAUGCAAAAAGCGCAGUACACGUUUAACCAAUCAGUACGAAGGUGUGAGGGGUAACGAGGAUGGGAAAAGCGAUGCAUUAGCAAUGACAGAUUUGGAAAAAACGUACGAUCAGAACCGGGAAUCUGUGUAUUUUCCUGCACCAUACGCAACAAGUCGCGUACCGGUUUUGCAUCGAGACGAAGUUGGCAUGGAGAGAGAUGGGUGUCGGAGUCUACAUCAUCACAGUACUCGACAGAAUGACCAUUUGUAUGACAUACCUCAGCAAAUGCGAGAUGAUAUGCGAAGACACAGUUACCAUAUGCCAUCAGAUCAGGAUGGGACGAUUGAAAUUCGAGAUUACGAUACAAAUAAAUCCCACCAUUUACAAAGCAUAACUGAAGAAGGACUCGCCUGUGAUAUUGAUGGCUUUCUACUGCAUGAGAAAUUAUCCAUGGGAAAUAUGUGGACUCCAAAUCACAGAUGGCGCACCAACGAAAUGAUCUCACAUGAAAGCAAUUAUAGUCCUCUUCAUGUUCAUGCUCAGACGUUUGUUACCGAUGGCCAAGAAUUAUCAGAUGCUGAAUGUGACAGAGAUCUAAGACAUAUGUCAGAAAAUGGUAUAAAAGUCCGGAAUGUUCUUCAAGUGAAUCCCCGUAAUGUUUGCUUGUCAAAAUGAAAUCCAAACUAUCAUACAGAAACUUAUGAGAAGUAAUAUGUAAACGUUAUGAGUAUGUCGAGCUUUGCAUCAGAACUAUAUGUACUGAAUUUUAGAAGCAGGAAUCACAAAUACAGAAAAAUUACCUUUCAUUACAAACUCAUUAUAGAUGAUCAUCGGUCUAAAAUGGUUGCUGCAAAAUGUAAACAACAUUUGCAGACAAUUGUUCUAUAAAAAUUCUAUAAAUACUAAAUAAAAAUUAUAUUAAACUAUGUCUGUAUUUACAAAACUUAAACGGAAUGUGUUUUCUUAUGCAAAGUACCUUGAAAGACAUGAUAUUUCUUUCAUUUAAUGCAUUGUUUGCCAUGGACAACUAGAUGAGAAGUUUCCAAAGAAUAAAUAACAAUAAUUCAAAUACGAUGGGGAAUAUUUAUGCAUGAAGACCAUAUAUGUGAUAUUUGAAAUGUUAUUGCUUCAUAUUCAUUGAAUCUUAAAAUCUUCUUUCCGCAUUUUUCAAGGAUGAUGAAAAAAAAUGGAAGUGAAACCGUAAAAUAUAUUGCCUCAGAAGAUGCUAAAAUGUUACGAGCACACAAGCGACUGACUACACAUAUUUUCUACGGAGACGCUGAGCAUUUUAAGUUUAGAAAAAUAUUUGAUAGUGAAUGUGAUAUUUAUCGUUGCCGUAUCAUUUUUCUUAACCUUUACUUCUCACUGCAUGCCAUAUCAGUUUUUGAGGAUUAUAUUCAUGGAACUUCAAUAAAAAAUUAUCAUUACUUUUAAAAGUUAUAAAAGAUUAUGUUUUAAAACAUCUUAAUGAAACUUUUUGCGUCUAAAAUAAAUGACUUAUUAUUAAUCUUUCAAAAGCUUUCUCUCUUUGCAACAUACUCGGAUAUUAACAAUAAAUGCAAUAAAAAAAUCAUUAUUUUAUGCAUAUUUGUUAAAAACCAUUUUGUUCGAAAAUUGAACUUUUAUAAGAUGUAUCGUCACAAUUUAUAUUUAUUUUUUCUUUCGGUUUCCAUACAACGAAGCUGGAAAUAUUAAUAUAAUUUACAGCAUUUAAUUUUGACUGGAUACAUUCAUUGUAGAGAACUACAAAAUUUUAUGAACAAAUAAAAAUUAUAUUAAAAUUUGUAUGUACAUAGCGAGAUAUCUUGUGGUUAAAAUAAUAGUGAUCAGUUUCCGAAAUGAAACUGGAUUACAUCGUAAUUCAUACUACAGAAAAAUAAAUACUUAAUGUAAGUUACAAAGUAAGCACUUCUUUGUAAAAUAAAAAUUCGCUAUUUUUAUUUUUUCUAUUUAUAUAAAAAUA